AUGACGACCGGGAUCGCGCUGCUUGGUGCAGGCAUCUUCGCGCGGGAGGAGCACCUCCCCGCCAUCGAAGCGGCGCCCUCCUUGACGCUCAAGGCGGUCUACUCACGGUCGCAAAAGUCGGCCGAGGCGCUGGCGGCGGCGUCCCGGGACCCGUCGUCGGUGGCCGUCUACUUUGACAGCCCCGCCGUCGAGGGCCGGUCGCUGGACGACCUCCUCCGCCGCGAUGACGUGGCCGCCGUCAGCGUCGUCCUGCCCAUCCUGCAGCAGCCGGCCGUGGUCGAGAAGGCCAUCCGCGCCGGCAAGCACGUGCUGUCGGAGAAGCCCGUGGCCAGCACCGUCGCCGACGCCGUCCGCCUGAUCGGCUGGUACGAGAGUCUCGCGGACAGGCCGCCGCUCUGGGGCGUGGCCGAGAACUGGCGCUACCUCGAGUCGCUGCGGUACGCGGCUCAGAGGGUCAGGGAGAUUGGCGGCGAGUUGGUGGCCUUCCGGCUGCAAAUGUACGGCAGCAUCAAGCCGGAUAACAAGUACUUUAACACCGAGUGGCGUAAGGUGCCACAGCACCAGGGAGGCUUCCUCCUGGACGGCGGCGUCCACUUUGUUGCCGGCCUGCGGUUCCUCCUCGCCGCGGCGGGCCAGGAGGUCAAGAAGCUGGCCGGCUUCAGCGCGCUCCUCAACAAGGCCCUGAUUCCCGUCGACACGGUCCACGCGGCCGCCGUGACGGGAGGCGGCCAGAGCGGCACCAUCGUCAUCUCGUUCGGCAUGCAGUUCAAGUCAGGCACCGAGGUCGAGAUCGUCACGACCAAGGGGGUCGUCUCGUGGAGCCCGACCGAGGUCAGGACGGUAGCCGGCAAAGGAGACGGCAGCGGCGACAAGGUGGAGGAGAGAAAGGAGUUUCCCUACAGCUCCGGUGUCACCAAAGAAGUCGCCGCCUUUGCGGAUGGCCUAGCCGCCGGCAAGCUCGAUGCUUUCCAGAGCCCCAGGGAGGCGCUCAAAGACCUCGAGAUCCUACAAGCCCUGCUCGAGUCCGGUGACGGAGGUGCCAUAGUCAAGGACAUUUCCCUGUGA